CGUUUAAGGGUUUAAGGCUGUCAGUGGGUUAUCACCAUUGUUGUCUUCCUCAGUCAUCGUUGGCCAAGAACGCAGCAAGUUGGAAAAAGAAAAUGCAAAUUUUGGGCACAAAAUUUCUUCGUUGUUGAGAACAGGACAACAAUUGGGUCUGCGAAUUUUGAUUUCUAAGGUUAUUUUGUUACGUCAUCUUUUCUAAUAACUCCCAAAAUGGCGUCUGCAAUAUUCAGAAGCUUUCAAGUUCACCCUUUUCUGCUUUAUCCAACAACGUUACUCAGACAAAGAAAUGGGGUUUAUCAUUUGACGACGAAAGCCACACAAUCUCAAACGGACACCCAACAGCGGCAACCUCAGACAAAGGUUUCAACAAGCAGCACCCAGUCCAAAAAGCUUGACAAAAUCCCAAAAAACUAUGAAGCCAUCAUUGGCAUUGAAACACAUGUUCAGCUCUCCACUCAGACCAAAGCCUUUUGUGGUUGCCCUUACCAUUACGGUUCUCCACCCAACAGCAGCAUUUGCCCCAUUUGCAUGGGCUUGCCGGGUGCUUUACCUGUUUUGAACUCCAAGAUCAUUGAGUUUGCUGUCAAAUUGGGCCUUGCUCUUAACUGCAACUUGGCUUUCAACUCCAAGUUUGAUAGGAAGCAGUAUUUCUACCCUGACCUUCCAAAAGGGUACCAGAUUUCUCAGUUUGAUGUGCCAAUAGCAUCAGCUGGUUUUCUUGAUGUGGAUAUUCCAGUUGAGUUUGGCGGGGGCCACAAGAGGUUUGGCAUUACAAGGGUUCACAUGGAAGAGGAUGCAGGAAAGCUCCUACACGCAGAGAAUGGAAAUUACUCACAGGUUGAUCUUAAUAGGGCAGGGGUACCUUUGCUUGAGAUAGUUUCUGAGCCUGAUAUGAGAAAUGGUAUUGAAGCAGCAGAAUAUGCUGCAGAACUACAGAGGUUGGUGAGGUAUUUGGGAGUGAGCAAUGGCAAUAUGCAAGAAGGUUCUCUUCGUUGUGAUGUAAAUGUAUCAAUACGACCUAUCGGGCAAUCAAAGUUUGGGACUAAGGUUGAAAUAAAAAAUUUGAACUCAUUUUCUUCAGUGAGUAGAGCAAUUGAUUUUGAAAUUUCAAGGCAGGUGGAACUUCAUAGUCAAGGCCAGGAAGAUCAGAUAGUACAAGAAACUCGGUUAUGGGAAGAAGGCUCUCAGAGAACAAUUACAAUGAGGAAAAAGGAAGGGCUUGCCGAUUAUCGAUAUUUUCCAGAACCAGACCUUCCAGCAGUAAUUCUUUCUCAGGAAUAUGUUGAUGAUAUAAUAGAAUCUUUACCAGAGCUCCCAGAAAUUAAGCGGAGAAGAUAUGAGCAGAUGGGCUUAAGCAUGCAAGAUGUUCUUUUCCUGGCUAAUGAUAAAAAUAUUGCAGAAUUUUUUGAUGCAACUCUUGCAAAAGGUGCUGAUCCAAAGCUAGUCGCCAAUUGGAUAAUGAGUGAUAUUGCUGCUUUCAUGAAAAAUGAAAAGUUAACCAUAAAUGAAAUAAAGCUUACACCUGAAGAGUUGUCUGAGUUGAUAGCUUCCAUCAAAGGUGGAACCAUUAGUGGCAAGAUUGGGAAGGAGGUAUUAUUUGAGCUAUUAGCUAAAGGUGGAACUGUUAAGGACCUCAUAGAGAAAAAGGACUUGGUUCAGAUAGUAGAUCCCAAUGAAAUUGAAAAAAUGGUGGAGAAAGUGAUUGCUGAGAAUCCAAAACAAGUGGAACAAUAUCAAGGAGGCAAAACUAAACUACAAGGUUUUUUUGCCGGCCAGGUAAUGAAAUUAUCUAAAGGCAAGGCAAAUCCAGGUCUCCUAAACAGGAUCCUCCUGGAAAAAUUGAAUUCUAAGAGCUGAUGAUAAUAGAUUGUUAUAUCUACACUCAUUACUCUGUGCUUAGCAUUAUUUCCAACUUGUUAAGUGGUGAUCCUUGAUAAAACUGUUAUGCAGCCAAUAGACAAAUUGGAAAUGACAAGUGAUGAUGAAACGUUCUUGUGUGCUCAUUUCUUGCCAAACUAAUUGGUUCUAUUGAAUACAUAUGUCAGCUGAUUUUUGAAAUAAACAGUGUAUAUUUUGAGUUCUAAAAGUGGUAUAGGAUUUCUGCUUCAACUGUUGAGAUAGAAGUGCUCCAUCCUAUCUAUUUCUUCGGCAGCAAACACAAGCAUUAUAUGGUGUGCUUUAUAGGUACAAUAUUUCCAAAAGCACGUGAUUUAUAUUUACAUUUCCAAUAAAUUUAUGGCUUAAAAGUCUCUUUGCAUAUCUCAUGUAUUUGGCAUGUAACAAGUAUAUUUUGGUAUUAUUCCCUUGUCAAAACAAUAUCAAGAGCAUAAAUGUAUUUGGUUUCAUGUCUGUUAUACUGUAA